AUGUCUUUUGCCCCGCCUGUUCGCCGAGCGCCGGUGCCCGGUGGGCCGCGAUCCUCUCAAGGGUCCCGUGCCAGCGUCACCGCACUGUCGGAGAAGGAUGCCAGUCCACGCAGCGCCGCGAGCCCCAGGGCCCGAGAGAGCCCCAGUGAGCUGAGGGAAGAUCGGCCUAUGACGGUGCACGAGGCCAGCCGAGCGAAAAAGGCAAUCGACCGAAACCGGAAAGCCAUCGAAAACCGCAUCCGAUACUUCCAAAAGGAAGAGGAGAAGAUUUGGAGGGACUUGGAGGAAGUGAGACGGCAGGCGGCGGCCAUCGAGGAGGGGCGAUCACGGACCAUCGAAAAGAAGUUGGCAGAUCGAGCAAUUCAGCAGGAGAGAGACCUCUUGCUUCAGCAGAACAGAGUCAGAGCUGCUCAAAACAGGGUGACCGUCUCCGACUACCGGAAGCAGCAGCAGUUCGAAACCAUGCGUGAGAAGCAGAUCUCUGCACAGGCUCAGCGCGAUUCCUCCCAGGCCAUCCUGAAGCAGAAGAGGAUUCUGGAGAUGGAGAUUCGGCGCAUGAACUCCGAGAAAGCCGCCCUGAUACAGAUCUCGCAGAAGGAGGCGCGCACGCGGGCCAGCCAGGAGCGCGCGGCGCGCAUCGAACGUAUGCGAGAGUUCCAGGAGCUUGAGCGCCAACAAGCGGAACAAGAGGUGAUGGAGGCAGAGUCCACGCUCCCGGAGCUCGAGGAGCAGGAGCUCAUCUGCCUGCAGCGCCUGCAGAACUCGCGCAUCGUCACCCAGUCGGUCCUUGAGGAGCUGGAGACCCGUCUCGGAUCGCAAAGUUCGGUGACGACCCUGCUCCGUUCAAAGCAGGGCCUGGACUCAGUCGGUGGCCUUUCGACUGGCGUCCCCGCAGAGCCGGAGGGUGCCGCGGUCGACACGAAGCCGGUCGAGUCGCAACAAGAUGCCUCGCCAGGCGAAGAGAACGUGCAGUAA